AUGCCUUCCAAAGCCAGAACUGCUGUCCUCCAAAAAAAUGCCGACGACGUUGUCAUCGUCAGUGCACUGCGGUCUGCGAUUACCAAGGCGAGGAAAGGCGGUUUCAAGGAUACGCGCCCCGAAGAGAUCCUCUCGGGCGUCCUCAAAGCCGUGUAUACCCGCGUCAACCUCGACCCCAAGCUCAUCGACGACAUCGCGGUGGGAAAUGUGCUGCCCCCCAUGGGAGGAGCCAACCCGGCGCGGAUGGCCGCUCUCUAUGCCGGGAUUCCCUUCACAACGAGUAUCAAUACCGUAAACCGACAGUGCUCCUCUGGCCUGACCGCCGUAAACCAGAUCGCGAAUGAAAUCAAGACGGGGCAAAUUGAUAUUGGGAUCGGUGCUGGCGUCGAGUCCAUGACGUUUGGAUAUGGGCCCUCUGCGAUGACCGAGUACUCUGAACUCGUUCUGUCCAACCAGGAAGCGGCGGAUUGUACGAUUCCCAUGGGUAUUACCUCCGAGAACGUUGCCUCGGACUUUGGGAUCACUCGGCAAGCCCAGGAUGCGUUUUCAGCCGAGUCGUUCAGGCGAGCUGCUGCUGCCAGCAAGGCGGGCAAGUUCAGGGCGGAGAUCGUGCCUAUAAAAGUGAAGAUUGUGGACCCCAAGACGGAGCAGGAGCAUGAGAUUGUCGUGGAAGAUGAUGAUGGGAUUCGGGACGGGGUUACUGCGGAGAGCCUGGCCAAGCUCAAGCCUGCGUUUGCGAAGAAUGGGACGACGCAUGCUGGGAACGCAUCGCAGGUGUCUGAUGGUGCUGCUGCGGUUCUUCUUACCCGACGUUCUGUGGCUCAACGCCUCGGACUUCCUAUCAUUGGAAAGUUCGUAGAUGCGGCUGUUACUGGUGUACCUCCCCGUAUUAUGGGUGUCGGACCGGCAUAUGCCAUCCCCAAGGUGCUAGCAAAGACGGGGUUGACGAAGGAGGACAUUGAUUUCUUUGAGAUCAACGAGGCGUUUGCGAGCCAGGCUGUGUAUAGCGUGCAGACGCUGGGAAUUCCGUUUGAGAAGGUGAACAAACAUGGAGGAGCCAUUGCGUUUGGUCAUCCGCUUGGUUGCACUGGAGCGCGGCAAGUUGCAACGGGAUUGAAUAUGGCCAAGCAGUACGACGAAAAAAUCUUCAUCACCAGUAUGUGUAUCGGAUCUGGUAUGGGCAUGGCUGGUGUGUUUGUGAACGAGCAGUGA